AUGCCCCACGCCCCUCCCCCCGCGGAAACGGCGGCCCACUUCGGCCCUCCCAGCUUCUCGUCCGCGGGCGGCAACACGGGUGGACCGGCGUACCUCCCCAAGCACUCGUUCUUCGACCUCGAUGAAGACGAGGACGACGCCUCGGCCGCGGCAGGGCGGGCUACCGCGCAUGCUGCUGCCGCCCCGGCGCCCGCGGUGGCGGCGGCCAGCGGCGGGGGGGAGGAUGGCGUUGCGAGCGCGGCGGAGGAGAAGGUGAGGAUCUCCCUGACCGGGAAGCUUAAGGACCUAUUGGAGAAGGGAGGCAUCAAGGGGCAGCUCAAGAGCUUCGACAUGACCUUCUCUCGACGAACCGGGCGGCUGCCUACGAAGGCCGAGAAGGAGCCCAUGCGUCACUUGUACGGUCGCUACGACGGGCUCAAGCACCAGAUUCGGGACGUCGAGGGUUUGUUGGUCGCCCAUCGACAGCAGCACUCCCCACAGCUGCAGUACACGCCGCCGCAAAGCCCCUACACCGCAUCGCCGCGAGGCGUGCGGGCGGAACAACCCGGCUCGAGCGCGACAACGCCGACUCAUCAUCGGCGUCCGCCACCCCAGAUUGCACCACCACCGCCGCGUCCGCCGCCGCUGCCGCCAUUGGAAACCCCAACGGCAACAACGAGCCGGUCGCGGCGAGCCAGCAGCAGCACCAGCACUAGCACCAGCGGUGGGGGCCGGGAGCGGGGGCAGGAUCAUCUGGCGCCGGCGCCGGUCGGGGCGGUCGGGUCUCCCGGCAGCGUUGCCGGAGCGGUCGCGGUGUCCGCAGCCGCUGCUGCCGCCGCCGCCGCUUCGGCGGCGUCCGCGGCGGCGGCGGCUGGGGUCGGGGACGGCGGGCGAAUGGCGGCGGGGAGCGGUACGACCGCGGCGGCGGCGGCCGCGGCGGCUGGGGGAGCCGGCGGCCCGGCGAAUGACAAGCUCGUGCAGCUAAAUAGGGAGAAGCGAGUGCUGCAUGUGAUGCUCAAAAACUUCGAGAAGGAGUUCAAGGAGAAGAAUGGCCGCGAGGUUGGCUGCCCGAAAGACAUCGCCCCGGUGGAGGGCGAGUACCAGAAGUACAAGAUGAUCAAGAAGCGACUGGCUCAGCUCACCAAGUAG